AUGCUGGCCGCACCCGGAGCCGUCAGUCAAGGACCGGAACUAAGCCGGCACACUCGCCCUCAUAUUCUCGCCGAUAGCGUUGUUCCCGUUCCAUCGUCGCCUCUCAAAGACAGCAAUGUCGUAGCCUAUGAGCCUCUGGUCUCGCCUGCGCUUCUGAUUCACGAGUUUCCCAUCACCCCCGCCUCUCGACGCACGAUCGAAUCAACCCGACAGGGGGCAGCGAAGAUCAUCCAGCGGAACGGCGACGACCGGCUGCUCGUCAUCGUGGGCCCCUGCUCCAUCCAUGAUACAGACGUGGCGCACGACUACGCCAUCCGUCUGCAGGCUGCCGUCCAACAACAUGGGUGGGACAAGGAUCUCCUAAUCGUCAUGCGGGCCUACCUUGAAAAGCCGCGAACCACAGUGGGCUGGAAGGGUUUCCUCUACGACCCAAACAUUGACUCCACCAAUCAGGUCAACAGGGGAUUGAAGGUUGCGCGCCAAUUGCUGCUCGACAUCACUGCGCUCGGUCUCCCCGUUGCCUGCGAGGUGCUCGACACCAUCUCCCCUCAGUUCCUGGCUGAUCUGUACUCCUGGGGCGCGGUGGGGGCGCGCACGACCGAGUCGCAGGUACACCGGCAGCUCGUGUCGGGCCUGUCGUUUCCCAUCGGGUUUAAGAAUGGUUCCUCGGGGAAUAUCAAUAUCGCCCUGGACGGGAUGAAGAGCGCCGCGUCUCCACACUCGUUCCUAGGUGUUACCGAACAAGGCCUUGCAGCCAUCGUCCACACGAAAGGCAACCCUCAUCUCCACGUUAUACACCGUGGAGGAGACAGCGGCCCUAACUUCGACGCUGCUUCUGUUGCGUCCACGGUCAAGGCCUAUCCUAAGCACCUCAAUCCAAGUAUCAUGAUCGAUGCCUCGCACGGCAACAGUCAAAAGGACUACCGUAACCAGCCCAAGGUGAUAGAUGCGAUUGCCAAACAGAUCGCGGCGGGGGAGCAGGCCAUCACCGGAGUCAUGAUCGAAAGUAACAUCAACGAAGGCAAGCAGGCUGCGCCACAGUCGGAGGAUGAGGUGCAGAAUCUCAAGUAUGGAGUCUCCAUUACGGAUGGGUGCGUUGGUUUUGAGACUACAGUGAAGAUGCUGCAGACGCUCAGCCUGGCUGUCAAGCAGCGACGGGGCCGCAGCAUGUCAGCAUUGCGAGAAUCAGAUAGGCUAUGA